CACCCUCAUCAUUUAUCGUCAUCGAAACACAUUACCAAAAACACAACAAACACACGCACUGCAUUAAACUAAUAAUUUGUUUUUCUCGAAAUCGAAUUUCAUACAUUGGCGGUGGCUGUUUGAUACGAGAAGACCAAAUAAAUUUUCCACCUAACAGACUGGAAAAUUUAAUUGUUCUAAAACCAUGGAGGACCUGUGUCGAAUUUGUGGCGUCCAUUCCCAAACGUUGGUGGCCAUUUUCGUCGAGCAUGAAAGACAAGAACUAGAGGAACAGGUCGAACCGAAUCUCGCCGACAUGGUCAAGACAUGUGCCGACGUCCAGUUGGAUCCCGGGGAUUCCCUGCCGCAGAACAUAUGCAUUGCCUGUGUCCACGACGCUCGAACUGCCUACGGAUUCAAGCGCAGAUGCGAGGAGAGCUACAGGAAGUUCUAUUUGGCGAUUUGCGAUCGGCAGCUCGUCAAGGAGGAACCUAUGGGGAAUUAUCUCGACAUUGAGGAACUGUUUCACAGCGAUUUAGACCUGAAGGAGGAGUUCAUCGACGAAAGCCCCCAGGAGGCAACUUCCCAAGAAGAGUUGCACAAAAUUGUUACCAAGCCAAAGCCAAAAACCGGCCGAAAGCCAAAAGUUACAAAGAAGCAGUCCUUCAAGUGCGAACUCUGUACAAAGGAGUUUCGGCACCAAAGAGUUCUACUGGAACAUAUGAAAGUCCACAGCAAUUCCCAUGUAUGCCAAACUUGCGAAGAGCGUUUUCUGUUCAAGACCGAUCUGGAUAAGCACCAGUGUUAUCGCACCAGCGAUUCCACCAUCGAGUGUCCCAUCUGUUUGAAGGUCUUUUCAACUACCCGGAGCCGGGAUAGCCACAAAUGCCAGGAGGUGAAUGAAAGGUCGUUCCAAUGCCCGCACUGCCCGCAGACCUUUACCCACAACCAUAUCCUCAAGGCGCACCUGUCGAUCCACCCGGCCGAGGAGUACAGCCAGGGCAACGGGCCACACAAGUGCUCACACUGCCACGUGGGAUUCACCAAUAAGUCGGCCCUCCAGGUACACAUCCACGCACACAUGGGCCAGCGGCCUCACACCUGUCCGUUCUGCGCGUCCAGCUUCCGUUCCAAACAGGUCCUUCAGGUCCACAUCCGCACGCACACGGGCGAGAAGCCCUACAAAUGUCCACAUUGCCCCAAGAACUUUUCGGACCAUAACAACCUGGCCAAGCACCGGCGGCGCCACACCGACGAGCGCCCGUACAAGUGUUCCAUCUGCCUGCAGGACUUCCGGGAGAAACACCAUCUGAAGCGCCACUUUCUGGGAAAGCAUCGCGAUAGCGACCAAGAACUGCAGUUAAAGUGAUACGUCUGAUAUAUGCUAUUGUUUAAUCGAAUACAUAAGUUAAGUUUGGGUUUUUUUUCUUCUCAUUAAAUUUUAAAGCAAC